AUGGAGCUGCUCAAGGAGUACAAAGGCAAGCUAGCCAAAGUUGCAGGAAGCAACAGUCCUCCAAGGCAGUUCUACGUUUAUGCCCUCUGUGGCUUCGUCCGAGCUCAGCAUGACAUUGCUGGACUGCUUUCUUGCCCGGAGGUCAGGUUUGCCAAGUCACAGAUCAAGUGUUCCAAAGGUGGAAUGGCAAAUCAAAGAUACGUGAAGUAGUUAGUGUGGCCUUUAGGUCCUCUUUUUAUUUUUUGAAAUAAUAGGCUGAUUCUUAGUGAUAAUUUGGUGUAAUUGUGAUUUUGGUUACUAAACGAUAAAUUGUGAACUAUAAUUUUCGUUGGUAAACAAUUUUGUUAUAUGAAAU